AUUCACACUGUUAUGAAACUUGUAAGCCAUUGUUCAGGAACAAGUAUGUGAAUGAACAGGAGACUGUUCAUUGAACUGUUUACAGAGACAUUUCCUGUCCGUUACGCCUAGACUUGGAAUGCACAUCUUAUGUUUUGGCAUCUUCCGCCAAUGAUAAUCGUCACACACUGACUGCUCUGACGGAACACACAACGGUUAUUGUUACUACAUGACAUGAAAUCAGGAAAUACUUUAUAUAAGCAUCAUUAUCUGGAAGCUCCAAGCAUCUGACAGGACACUGUUAUCUGAAGGAAACACUGUGAGCCUCACACUAAAGUCUAUGACCAACAUCUGAAAAAGUAAUUUGUGGUAAUAAAAACUCAAACAGUUUCUUUAAAUAAUAUUUGUAUAAUGAAUUAUGUUUGUUUGACAUAGAAGUCAGAUUGAAUUGUUAUAAUUACUAUUUUUAUUGAUGUCUUUUUUGCUAGAAAAAGUGCAAUCUGUAAAAUAAAACUAGGUCACUGGCUUGAAAAAUAGAGGAUGUUCACUCCCCUUCCUGAUUGGGCCAUAACACAGUUGUCAUUUCCGUCUCAUUGCUCCUCAUCGCUCUGAUCUACUUUGUGUCUUAAACUUGUUGAAUGCAAACAGAGAAAGGCUGAAAAAUGAGUAAGCUUCAGCUGGAUUAGAACAAAAUAGCUUGGGCGUGGCUCACAAUUCACCGUUUAUUCAUUCAAGAUGUGGACUUGAAAAGGAAAAAAAGGCUGCUUUCUGUGCAGAAUCAGGUCUUGUAACAGUCCAACACAAAGCUCAGUGGGUUCAUGUUCAAACUGAUUAGACGACUCGUGGUUUAGGAUUAAGAUUCAUCCCGACUGGAACGACACGACAAAAGGUCACUCUCAAACAUGGCGACUAUCAGCAGCGGCACCAGUGAAGAGGAUCUGAAAGAGAGUGUAAAGGAGGAGCUGAUAGAUUCCACUGGCCAGACUUGUCACUCAUUGCUUCCUGAAGAUGUGUUGUGUGACUCCUGCAUGGACACUCCCAGCAAAGCCCUAAAAUCCUGCCUGACUUGUUUGGUUUCCUACUGUGAAUUGCAUCUGAGACCCCAUCUGGAAAAGGUUAAGUUUCAGAACCAUCGACUGGUGGAGCCCCUCCACGACAUCGACUGUCCGACUUGUGACAUUCAUUGUCUUCCUUUCGAGUGCUUCUGUCUGAUGGAUAACUGCUGUCUGUGUCUGGACUGUGCGAAAGAGGCACACGAAGGGCACAUAACUGCAUCUGUGGGGGAGGCGCGCGCAAAGAUUGAGACUGAACUACAGCAGAAACACUCAGAGAUCAGUCAAAGUGUGUCAGCAACUGAGAAAGCUAUAACAAAGCUACAGAGCAACCAUGAUACAAUUAAGUCUUCGGUGCAGGAGGUUUGUGCUGUCAUUGAACAACAGUUUUCCAGGCUGCAGACAGCUGUGCAGGAGGCCAAAAAAGGGGCAAUGGCAGUUCUGGAGGGAGAGCAGAGGCAGGCCUUCAGACAAGCAGAAGGCAUACAGGCACAUUUAGAGCAAAGAAAAGGGGAGCUGAUGAAGAUUUUGGCUCAAAUGAAUAAGCUACCAAAAGCCAAGACUGAUAUUGACUUCUUGCAGGAGUACUCCCAGUGGAAAAAAAGAGAGGCAGACGUAUCCCUGCCCAGCGUGUACGUCAACCAGAUGGAGCAUCUAAGGUCUUAUGCCCAAAUAGUGACGGAUGCAACACAGGAACUGUGUGACCUAAUGCUCUCCAGCUACAGUGAAAAAAUGAACUUGAUUUGCAAAAGUGGGAAUAAGAUGCCAGAGUCUCAGCCUUCACCUCUUCCUGAUCCACAGACCAGAGAGGACUUUCUGAAAUAUGCCAGGAGUUUGACCUUUGACCCAGACACCAUUCAUCAGUUCCUGCGAGUAACUGCGGACAACAGAAAACUGACCAACACCAGCCCCUGGCAGCACAGCUACUCAGACCACCCCAGUCGCUUUGAGUAUUGGCGACAGGCGAUGACUUCAGAGAGCCUUUACCUGGGGAGACACUAUAUCGAGGCCGAGCUGAGCGGGGAAGGUGCUCACGUAGGAGUCACGUAUAAGAGCAUCGACCGCAAGGGAGAGGAAAGCACCAGCAGCAUCACAGGGAAUGACUACUCCUGGUGUUUGGGGAGAAACAGCAGAGGUUUCUCCGUCUGGCACGCCGCUGUAGAGACUCCCCUGGAGGUCACUGAUAUCCCCGUGAUUGGCUUAUAUGCAGAUUUCCACAAAGGUUCAGUGUCUUUCUAUAAUGUAACUGAUACCAUGACACUCCUUCACAGCUAUAAGGUCGACUUUUUAGAGCCCUUGUAUGUUGUGGCAUGGCUUAAGAAGAAAGACAAUAUUAUUUUCCUGCUCAAUGCAAAAUGAUUCCCUUUCCUUUGUUUACUGGUGUUAGUGCCCAAAAUACCAGCUGCCUUCCAUGUGAGCUUGUAAAAGACGAAUGUGGGCACUGUAAAUGUUGGUUGAGAUUGCAUAACAAGCUUCAAAAAGUCAUAAUACUGUACAUUUCUUGUCAAGAAAGUUAAAUAUACUACCAUCUAGUGGUAACAAUACAACAUGAAUGUUCCCUUUGCACGAAAUGGAAUUUAUUGUAACUUUAUUGCUCUUAAAUGUGAUGAUGAGUAAAAACAAAGUACACAUUUGCCA